AUGGCCAUUUCUGGGGGCAUUCUAGGCGCUACUACUGGAACUCUAAAUACCAUAUCUCGGGGCGAUUGCUGUACUGUUCAUGUUGAAGCUGAGAGACAUCUAGGCCCUCAGCUUGGACUAAGUAGUGUUCUGGGGGCUUCUAGGGGUGACACUGCCCGAGAUGCUAGGGAAGAGAAGUGGCACAAUAAUAUUGGAAACUCUGGGAAAUUCUACAACUUGGAUCCUGCUAUCAUCUGGCGGGGUUACCCCGCGAUCUGCACUGCAUCCAUCAGAUUUGACAGACCAACACAGAAGGCCCGCAGUCCAUCGAGCUUCAUAGGACAUCAACGUCUUUUUCCAGUCAUGCGGGAAUUUCCGCGCAGAAGGGCAUGCGACAGCUCCUUUUUCUCCAUCUGUCAGGCCCACCUUGUGCAGCGCGAGUCUUCUGACACGGACCUCUCUCGGACUCGCCUAAACCUUGUUAGCCAUGCACGGUAUGACUUCAUUUCCGUCGUGGUGAUUUCUUUAUUCCGCUGGGCUAUGGCUCUCGGAUUGCCAUUGUCCGAGCUCAAGCUUGCUCGGCAAGAUGUCCGAGUGCGUACAUUAGAAAAACCAACUGCGGGAGUCGUGUAUCUGCCCCCCCUUACUCAAGUUCAAAGGGUGGACUGGAAUACUCCGUACAGGUUUUAUAAAAUGAGUCAUGGGAUUGGCAAGACGCUCCUAGGGGGCCCCGGAUCUGGGGUUAUCCGCUGGAUGGCAAGUAGUGGGAAGCAUGCCACUGUGGCUGAGUAUAGGCGUUGGACCUUCAUAAUCCACCAGUUACGUACAGGAUGUCCAACCAAACUAGUAGCAGGCAAGGAUGGAGGGGCGUAUGAUAUCAUAGGUAAGGGGAAAAGGGAAUGCGAGGGAUCAGCACGGAGCAGUCCGAGAGAAGAAAAGGGGGGGUGUGAAACUGGGGCAAAGGCGGGAAUGUUGGCUGGAGAAACUGGAGCUGGAAGACAACCAAAAGAGCUAAGGCUACCCGACUUUCAAGUAAAACGACCGGCACCGUCGCAGGCUCCAUUCCUCCGUCCCGGGAAAAACGAGAAUCCAGAGCCCAGAGUCCAACUGGAACACGUCCCCACAUGGGAAUCCGCUCGAGUGUCAUUGAUUGGCGUGGGGGAAAUCCCUCGUGAUAGUCGGAGAUUAGCCAACACGGGCCAAUCACCACCGCUUGUGCGUUGUCAAUCAAUCCCUAAUUACGGCAUGGAAAUCUCGUUGAUUUACCUUCUAGUAGUACUGCUUGCGAGGAAAGGUUGCAUGCCUCCCCCAGGGCAUGUCUCGAUGGCACACAUUGACAGCAAGGAACCGCCCUUUCAUGUCACCCUUCAUUACGACACUGUACAUGAAACAAACAGAGAAAGAGAAAGAGAGAGAGAGGGAGAGCUAUCUGUUCUAUCCACCCUAGAGGAAUCGAAAGGCCCUAAGCUCAUCAUAGGUGCCUGGUUCUACCCCAGUGCGCCAUCCUUUCACUCUACUUGUGGGGUAGUCUGCUGGUCCCUCCAUACUCCACUUGGGCGCCAGCUAGAUAAUACUAACCCGCCUGGGGAGCGAGCUCACAGGUCACCCGCUCAGAUUCUGGGCCGUUACGGCUCGCUAUUUCCGACAGAAUUAUUGGACAGCUCCAACAGAACAUUCUUUGCUACCUUGCGAGAGGGUUCGUCUCCUCCGGUUGUCGGCACUAUCAAGCGUGACAUCGGACCCUCUAUCACGUGGGUUGAGCUUGUUGUUGAUACAUUUUGGGGAAAUCACAUUGCAGGGAUAAUAAUUCACGCAUGGAAUGGGUGA